UUACAAGUUACAACCCUAUUAGUAUCCGUCGAACACUAUAUAUAUAUAUGCGACUCUACGACUUCGCCGAUCCGCUCUCCCGAUAUUCCCUGUGAACUAUUCUCAGCUUCCGGAAUCUUCGUAGAAGGGGUGGAUGGCCGCCGCCGCGGAGUACGCUCACGCAUCCCUCUUCCGCUUGCUCGUCCGGUGCUCGGAGCAGAAGAACCUCGCCUUUGGAAGCGCCCUCCACGGGAAGGCCUUCAAGUCAGGUGUCACGGCCGACGUAUUCUUCAGCAACAGCAUCGUGGUCAUGUACGCUAAGUGCUCCCAACUCCCUCGCGCCGCAGCGGCCUUCGAGGACAUCGGCGCCGGCAAGGACGUCGUCUCUUGGAACUCCCUCAUCAAUUCGUACUCUCAGAUCGGCCCCAAUGGCUCCCAAUCCGUAUUUGACCUUUUCCGGAGAAUGAGGGCCGAGUGCGGUCUCAGCGUCCUCCCCAAUUGCUUCACCUUCGCCGGCGUCUUCACCGCUGCCUCCCACUCGCCCGGUGAUAUUUGGUUCGGCCGAUGCGCUCACUGCGUCGCCAUCAAGGUCGGUAAUAAUGAUGACGUCUUCCUGGGAAGCUCUUUGCUCAACAUGUACUGCAAGCAGGGAUGCGUACUGGACGCCCGCAAGGUGUUCGAUAGAAUGCCUGUUCGAAAUUCAGUGUCUUGGUCGGCCAUGAUAUCCGGCUAUGCUGUCCUUAAGUCCGGCGAAGAAGCUUUCGGCCUGUUCAAAUUGAUGCUCGAGGAAGGUCAAUGCGCCGCCGCGAAUGAAUUUGUCUUAACGAGCGUUCUUAGUGCACUGAGUGCCCCUGGAUUUCUUGUCAUGGGCCAGCAGGUUCAUUCUUUUGCCAUCACAAACGGCUGGGUGUCUUCUGUAUCCGUCGAGAAUUCCCUCAUUACCCUCUAUGCGAAGUGUAAAACCAUGGAAGACGCUCUGCUCAUGUUCGAAUUGUCGGCGAACAAGAGCUCCAUCACAUGGUCUGCGAUGAUCACCGGGUAUGCACAGAAUGGUGACUCCCAAAAGGCACUGCACUUGUUCCCGCAUAUGCAGAUUGCAGGAUUCAUGCCGACUGAGUUCACAUUUGUAGGGCUCCUCAACGCAUGCAGCGACAUGGCAGCCCUUGUUGAAGGCAAACAAACUCAUACCUUCUUGAUCAAGGUGGGAUUCGAGCUCCAAUCCUAUGUCAAAAGUGCACUGGUCGAUAUGUAUGCUAAAUGUGGCUGCAUUGAUGAUGCAAGAAAGGGAUUCGAAGAGUUGAAGGAUGCCGAUAUCGUCCUGUGGACCUCGAUGAUCGGAGGUUAUGUGCAGAACGGAGAGCAUGAGGAGGCUUUAGCAUUAUAUGGAACGAUGAGAAGAGAGAACAUAUUGCCAACCAGCCUCACCCUAACCACUGCUCUUCGAGCAUGUGCUAGUCUUGCUGCCGUAGAACAGGGCAAACAAAUUCAUGCCUGUUCCGUGAAGUUUGGAUUCGGUUUGGGGAUUCCAAUCGGUAGCUCCCUAUCGACCAUGUAUGCAAAGUGUGGCGAUUUAUCGAAUUGCAGUCUUGUGUUCGGAAGAAUGCCUCAGAGGGACGUCGUCGCAUGGAAUUCAGUUAUUUCAGGAUUUUCGCAAAAUGGGCAAGGGAUUGAUGCCUUGAACCUCUUUGAGGAGAUGAAGAAAGAGGGUACAGAACCAGAUCAUGUCACAUUUGUCAACCUACUGUCUGCCUGUAGUCAUGUCGGUCUGGUUGAGAGCGGCUGGAGUUACUUGAGGUCGAUGCUCGACGAUUAUGGAUUAGUCCCGAAGAUAGAACACUACGCGUGCAUGGCUGAUAUUCUCAGUCGCGCCGGGAUGUUCAAGGAAGCCAAGAACUUCAUUGAAUCCGUGCCUAUCGAUCAUGGAACAUGCUUGUGGCGGAUUAUGCUAGGAGCAUGCCACAAAUUCAGGCACUUUGACAUCGGAGCUUUUGCCGGGGAGAAGCUCAUGGAGCUGGGCACACUGGACUCGUCGGCUUACAUUUGCUUGGCGAAUAUAUACGCUGCCUGGGGCAAGCGAGAUGAUGUCGAACGAGUGAGAAGAUUGAUGAGGAUACGAGGGGUGGACAAGGAUCCUGGAUGCAGCUGGGUUGAUAUCGAUAACACAGUCCAUGUUUUUGUUGCCAAGGAGAUGCAGCAUCCCGAUAUCGACAAAAUAUAUGCAGAGUUAAAAAGAUUAACCAAAAACAUGAAGGAUGAAGGCUACUGUCCUACUUUUGGAUUCACCUUCCGUGAUUCUCUUGAAUCUCCAGGAUCACGAGCGGAGGAAGAAGAAGAAGAGUCGAAUUUUGUAGCAUCUGCUGUUUCUUGACUAAUAACUAUUUAAU